GGACUUUGUGCUGGUGCAGCCUACACGUGAGUCGGAAGCUGUUCCCAACCGGAGGCGCGCGUGCGCUCUAACCACAGAGCCGACGGCUUUGCAAAGUGGCAGCUCAGGGAACUAUAGACAUCAGUCUGACGCGCAGCUCCACUGGAGGACACGCACUGUGCAUUAUCUGCCUCAGCCGUCCACGCGUGGGUCGUUGGAAUAACAAACAUUCCCAAAAGAAGCUCAGAAGAAGCAAAGAACCAGCAGAGGAGAGAUGGAUGAACGAAUACCGCAUUUACAGGACAGACAGUUCAUGGAGCACGCGGAUUUCUUGGGGGUGGAUUACCCCUCACUCUACAUGUGUAAAUCCAAAAGAGGAAUAAAGCGAGAGGAUGGUGGGAAGGACGCAUACAAGUUACCACACCGGUUGAUAGAGAAGAAGCGGAGAGACAGAAUCAACGAAUGUAUAGGGCAGCUGAAGGAUUUGUUACCCGAACAUCUCAAGCUGUCGACGCUCGGGCACUUGGAGAAGGCAGUCGUCCUGGAGUUAACGCUGAAACACUUAAACGCGCUGACUGCUGUCACUGAGCAGCAGCACCAGAAGAUUAUUGCUUUGCAGAAUGGAGACCGGUCGAUGAAAUCUUCCAUUCACGCUGAUCUGGAUGCGUUCCACUCCGGAUUCCAGGCCUGUGCCAAAGAGGUCCUGCAAUACCUGAGUCAGUUUGAGAACUGGACAGCACGGGAGCAGAGGUGCGCGCAGCUGAUCAACCACCUUCACAAGGUGCUGGCGCAGUUCCAGCCCGGCGCGCAGCCACUACAACACCAGCUGCCCGCCGGGGACGCACAGGAUGGUCAGAAAUCUGACAGCCAAGCCAACUGUGUCCCCGUCAUCCAGAGGACCCAGGGUGGAGAGCUCAACGAGAAUGACACAGACACGGACAGUGGAUACGGGGGCGAGGCAGAAAAGAGCGAUGGCAAAGAUAAAGAAUGUGAGCGCAAUAAGGCGCAGGGACCAAAGGCAGUGAAAAUCAAGCAAGAGUUCGGAGAUGAGCGGGCUGCCAAAAAACCAAAGAUGAGCUGGCCUGUGAACGGGGCAGGGGGCGCAGACCUCACCAGGCCCGACGUGGCGUUUAUGAACUCUCUGAUGGGAAUAAGCAGUGUGGGACAGCAGACACCGAUUUGCAUGCCUUUCUACUUCAUUAACCCCUCAGCCGCUGCUUCUUACAUGCCUUUUUUCGACAAGAACAACAUUGAAAAGUACAUGUACCCUGCGGCGGCCGCCCUUGCUUCCCCUUUCCCUUGGCUAUAUCCCGCUCACGCCUCAGCGGCGGCGGCGGCGGCCGCUGCUGCCGCGUUCCCCGGCCUGUCUGCGCACUUUGGAGCCGCUUCUCAGUCCAAGGACUCACCCUCUCUAGACACCGACGGGUCACUCGAGGCUGACGAGGGCUCACCUGAGGAGCGCGAGGAGAGUCCCGCUAGUGACGACGGAGAGGGUGACGUAGGCGACACGUCCCACGAGAGCAAGAGUAGCUCACACGACCAGUUUUCUGGGUGUCAGAGGAGCUAAUUAGUCCGUGUUACCUCUCUGCGCAUUCUCGAGGAGUUUAUGUAUCUUCAUUUUUUUUAAAUAAUUAGGCUAGUUUUAAACGGGGUUUCACAGGAGAGUUGCUCGUGUACAAUAUCUUGGCGAAAGAGAGGACAGUUGUGACGGCGCGUGCCUUUUGCACUUAUGCUAGAUUAAACAAUCUGAAUGAUUAUCGACAAUGAUUGACACUACACGGCCGUGUUGUGCUGGAGUUAGUUUUUUUAUCCUCUUUGAUAAACUAUUUUGACAUGGCAGCAUUGGUGCCAAAACUUUGAGUACUGCAGCAGUGCGCAAUAUUCCAGUCAAUGAGUCUCUUUGGAUGUAUGAAGUUGCAACUGACCUCUGCCAAGAUUAUUAAUAACUUGGCUGACUCUGACUGUAAAUAUUAUUACCUGAAAGAUUCAUUACCAUGUAAAUGUGUACUAAAUGGGGCCUAUAAAAUGGGUGGUCCUGGAAGUGCAUCUAUCCCCAACUUUGCAUGGGUAAGCUGGGAGGCACAUUACUGUACCUCCUGAGAACUGAAACGCAUCCCCCUUUCAGAACAUACACAGACAGCAUCUCCAUCAUACACAACACAUAUAAAAGUCUCAUGUUUUAAUAAAACAUUUGUAAUACAUUCACGGGAGAGGUGUUAUGCAUAAAUUCCUUCAUUUCACUCCCACUAAAGUUACUCUGGUUUCCGUUGCUUUCUGUAUCCUUGUGGCAAAAAAAGAAAUAAAAAGAAGAAAGAAACAGAUGUAAUAAAACCAUUAAUGGAGAGACAAAGCCUUCAUUCAUAAGGAUUUGCUUGACCAGCAUAUUGUACAUCCCCUGACUGAAGCAUUUCUGCACAGAGAUGCAGUGACCUUCUGUACCUCCAGGAAACAUUGUAGGAUAGCACCUUAAAGAUCUUUGAUAUUGAAUGUACCUGUAUUUUCCCAGCUGUUAAAGUUUGUAUGUAGAAUGGCAUUGCUCUUUGAGUUACUCUUUUAAGUGCACUUUUUCUGCUUUUACCCACUCCACCCUGAAAAGUCAUCUCAUCAUUAAAGUAAAUCAUUAUAGUUCUCUUUGAACCUUUCUAUUGUGUGGUCUUGAAAUUUAAAAAAAAAGAUUUUGUUCCAUCAAUGAAAAGAGAUAUUGGAUAUUUUGUGAUGAUUCCAUGCAGUAAAGUGGGAGUUAACCAAGUUGCCAGAUUUUACAAAAAACUGAUUUCUAGCUCUUUCAGGGGUUAAAAUCACAAUCAAGUUUGAAAACCCUGAACCCAACUACACAUCAGGUCAUCAUCUGGGAUACUGUGCUAUCAUCAUGUAAAACCAUAGUUUUUUUUUUUGUUUUUUUUUUAAAUGGUCUAAAACUGGGAAAGAAAGUCUGGUCAUUUUAAGAACUUUAUCCUGGCCUCUUUUUUAUAAAUAAUUCCCACUAAGUAUAGUGCUGUUCUGCUUUUUCAGAUUUCUCAUUGUAUUUCGCCUACAUGACAUUGCUUUUGUAGUUUUCCUCAGCUGGGUUUUUGCCUCAGAUCUGUUAUCAGCUGUUCUAUAAAGUGGCAUGUGUGUUUGUAAAUAGGUUUUUGUGAAUAUAUCAAGAAGUAUACAUGUCUUUGUCAAUGUUGUAGAAGUCUAUGGAUUUUUUUUAAAGACUUAACUGAGCAACUGUUGCACAUUUCGUUAAUGCUUUACACAUAUGCUGUUCUAAAUUAUUGCUGAUGAGUUGUAAAAUAAAUAUCAAAAUCUGAA